AUCCUUAGUACUGACAUCCGUCCUCCGCCCCAAACCCCGCCCCUGGACUCUUCUCUUUAUAUUUGAACAGUUUGCAUCAAUAGUCCACAAGCACUCCUGCUCCUCCAACACAACUGCUAAGGUCGACUCCUCCGAACCGCACAAGCUUUCUUCUUGCUCCUAUCUUCUGAACAUGAACACUCAAGGCCGUCGACGAGUCGCUAUGGUAUGCCCUAGAAAGCAAACGUCUGAAAAUGAUGAGCCUGUUAUGCUCACUCGAGAGCUCCUACAAUCUUAUUUCGAUCGUUCCCUUUCUCAAGUUUCUGCUGAGAUUGGAAUUUGCCCCACUGCCAUUAAGCGAGCUUGCCGGAAGCUUGGAAUUGCAAAAUGGCCUUACAAAACCCCGAAUCCUGGUCCUAAGAAGAGAAAGACGAGUGAUGCAUCCGAUCAUCAAGCAGAAUGUCCAUCAACCUGGGAUCAGUGCAUAUGCACACAGCAAAGCAUGCAGGCAUUUCCCAGCCUCCCGCUAGCAAAGGACCCUUUCGAAGAAGAGCGAAAUCUAUGCUUCGAACAGAUCAGAACAACAACUUCAUGUUACUAUGAAGACCUGGACCUGGAGCAGUGCUUGCUGAUGGAAACAGACAUUGCUUUUCACUGGAAUGAUACAGAAUUUUUUUGAAUUUGUUUAAGAUUAUGUGAAAUAAAUCAUAUGAAUUGUU